AUUUUUAAAGAUAUAGAUAAUAAUGAUGAUUACAAAAACUAUGAAGAGUUCGUUAAUCAUUUUAAACUACUAUUCAAAAUAAUACUAGAAAACUGUGAUAAAAAUUUAAUAGCAUACAAAGAAGUUGUUAAUGAAAUGGAAAAAAUUCAGAAAACAAUUUUUCAAUAUGCUGAUAUUGAUAAUGAUAAAUUCGUUUCCAUCGAAGAGCUACAAAUGAUGAUAAAAAAUAAACAACCUAAACUAUCUAGUAAAUCUCUCGAUGAAUUAUUUCAAGAAAUCAAGGUACAUGAUAUUGACAAUGACGGGAAAAUUAAUUAUGACGAAUUUUCCAACUUCAUUAAUUCAUGGACCCCAAAAAUUUUCAGUCUUGGACUAUUGUCAAAAUUUCGAUUCAACAAGCUCAACAAAGAUUGAACUAUUACCAUAAUUAUGAUUCUGUAUUAUGUAAUAUAAAGUGCAAAAGAGAGCGAAAAGAAGACAGGAACAACCUACUUAUUUCAAUAUAAUUAUAUUUUAUUAUUGAAAUCUGUAUAUUUUAAGACAAAAAUAGAAUAAAUGACAUAAAGACGUUUAUUUACAUUA